GCAACCAUCGAAAUCCGAUCUCCACCACUGGCCGCCGUACGCAGAGCUGCAGGUCUCUCUCCUUAAUCUCCAGCUAUCGUCAUGUCUUCAUCCGCCUCCUUCAAGUACCAUGUUUCUAGCCCUGUCCCGGCGAUUCCCAAGUCCGGCGAAAUCCACGUGAUAAUCGGCCCCAUGUUCGCCGGCAAGACCACCGCUCUCCUCCGCCGCAUUAAAUCCGACUCUAACAGUGGCAGAAGCGUCGUGAUGAUAAAGUCGAGCAAGGACACCAGAUAUGCGGUGGAUGAAGUUGUGACGCACGACGGCACCAAGUUCCCCUGCUGGGCGUUGCCGGAUCUCUCUUCCUUCAAGCACAGAUUCGGAUCUGAGGCCUAUGAAAAGGUGGACGUGAUCGGCAUCGAUGAAGCCCAGUUCUUCGAGGACCUGUAUGAUUUCUGCUGCGAAGCUGCAGAUCUGGACGGCAAAACCUUGAUUAUUGCCGGCCUUGAUGGCGAUUAUUUGAGGAGGAGAUUCGGGUCAGUUCUGGACAUAAUUCCCCUGGCCAACACAGUCCAGAAACUGACAGCGAGGUGUGAGAUAUGCGGGAAGAGAGCCUUCUUCACCUACAGGAAGAUCGACGAGACUCGGACGGAGCUCAUAGGCGGGUGCGACAUGUACAUGCCGCUGUGUCGCCAGCAUUAUGUGAAUGGAAUCGGGCCUGCGAAAACCGUGUCUGAUGAAGAAGACUCCCACCAGAAGAAGGUGUUGCUGCUGCUGGAAUCCUCCAUUGAAGUUGCACCAUUGUCUUGAAACUUUUGUGUAUAAUAUACCGAGUAGUAUUUAUUCAGGUGGGGAUUUAAAGCUUUGUCUUUGUAAUCUUUAAUGUUGUUUAAUGUGUGUAAAAGCUCUUCUUAAAGUUCUCAUAAUCAAGAAUCAAGAUAUAUGUCUAGCCUCUAUGUAAUCCUCCCUGACUUGUGAGUCAAAAUUCAUUCCAUUAAUUUAAAGAGUUUGGGAUACAAUCAAAUGGAGCAAAGUCCCAAGACGAACAGGAUUGUUGACCAAAAGCCUCAGAGGCUAAAAUAUGAGGGAAAUUAAAAUGACGAGAAAUAAAAUCACAAGAACAAAAACUGAAGGAUUGCAUAAGCGAUUUGCACUGAAGAAUAGUCAUCGCUUCAAAAGAUGAACCCACGAACCGAUGAUCACUGAUGGAGCGUAUUAAAGUCAUGCAAUCUGAAAAAACCUGGACUCUUGGAACGGAUUUGUCUUUGAUCCAAGUUAAAGCUUCCUUGAGAGCCAAAGCCUCGGCCAUAAGCGGGUUCAAACAGAAAUUGAGUUUACCAUUGAUAGCCUUCNGGCGUACUUUAGGUAGGGG